AUGACUGGUUUAUGGCUAAAGAGCUGUACAAUCACCGUAUACAAUAAUGGGCGUGGGCUACCUAUUGAAGUACAUCCCGUAGAGGGUAUUUAUGUUCCAACUUUGAUUUUCGGUAACCUGUUCACAUCCUCAAAUUAUGAUGAUAGAGAAGUGAAAGUCGUUGGUGGUCGAAAUGGGUAUGGUGCCAAACUCUGUAAUAUUUUCUCAAAGGAGUUCAUCGUAGAGACAUCGUCAAAAGAGAGCAGUCGGUCUUUUAAACAGGUAUGGACGAACAAUAUGUGUGAAGCAAGCGAACCCAUUGUAAAAGAGCAAACUGUGUCCGAUGGCACAAGAAUCACAUUUCGUCCGGAUAUGGAAAAAUUUGGUACCACCGCACUCGACGAUGAUAUCUGUAAAAUGUUCAGGAAGAGAACAUAUGAUAUUGCUGGUACACUUCACGGAGUGUCUGUUUACUACAACAAUGAGCAGGUCAAGGGAGGUACGCACGUCGACUACAUUACUAAUCAAUUAGUUAAUAUGAUAAAGCCUCUUGUGGAGAAAUCACUGAGGAGCAAUAUUAAAAAAAUUGUGGUGAAAAAUCAUCUUUGCGUUUUCGUCAAUGCAUUGAUCGAAAAUCCAGCAUUCAGUAGUCAGUCGAAGAGUGUUCUUACAACAUCUGCAUCGAAAUUCGGCUCAAAAUGCAUCUGCGAUGUUACCAUUGUCCAGUCGUGGGCAAUCGAAUCAGGAUUAGUGGAGGAGUUAAUUAACGAUUCCAUGGCCAGAGAAGGGCGAUCUGCGAGAAAAGUGAAGCCAAAGGUUGUUGAUGAUCUGUCGAAUAUCGUCAAAUUAGAAGACGCUAACUGGGCUGGUGACUCUGCAAAGGCCCUUGCCAUCGCUGGGCUUGAAGUUGUUGGCAGAGAUCGCUACGGUGUGUUUCCAAUUGUAGGUAAACCAGCAAACGUGUCUGGUUUAUCGAUGGAGAAGGUGACCUCUUCCUCCGAGAUUAAUUCGCUAUUACGAAUUUUGGGCCUGACAUAUGGGGUUGACUACUCGUUGUCUGAAAAUCGUGUGAAGUUGCGCUAUGGUGGAAUAAUCAUACUUACCGACCAGGACGAGGACGGAUCUCAUAUUAAAGGUCUCAUUAUUAAUCUGCUGCACACUUUUUGGCCACAGUUACUUCGAGGCGGAUUCGUUUGGUCUUUUGUGACCCCGUUGCUUAAGGUGCGGGCUAUCGUUUUGUUCUCGAUUGGUCGAUCAACUAAUUCGAGGAAUUGUCGCUGUACCUUCUCGCAAGGCAGCGAGCUUCACGCCGAUUUAAAAAUGCCGGAGUUUGCCUUUUAA